UUUUUAUUACAUAAAUGGGUAACAAUAUUGCCAGUGAAGGAGAAGACAUGGCUGAUAGUCCUAGAGCUGGAACUGGAGAGUUACUCACGAGCAAAAAAAAACAUCGAUCUCACCGAAGGAAAAUGGCUGACAAACUGAAGAAGUCAAACCUAAAGAAAGGAUACAAGGAGGAUCAAGACCGACUGGUGAUACAAGAAGUACCCUCAAAACCUGCUGCUGAAGGGUUUAACGCUAGAAGAAAUUACUACAAAAAUCUAGGAAUCAACCAUAUUGGAAGUGGGGAGGGCGCGAAGUAUGCUCCACAUAACCGUAUGAUGACCAGUACAAUAUCUGGGUUGCCUGGCAAAGGAGAUCCUAAGAAAGAUAAAGAACAUGCCUCCUCAUACUCAUACAAAGCAAUGUCGAAAGCAAAGGAUAAGGCUAGAAAUGACGUAAAGCAAGAAUCAAAAAUGCCUGAAAAUGAAGGAGGAUUUGGAGAUUUCCUUCAAGAUCAGGAAGAGGUUAAGGAGGUUAAGUCUUCAGAAUUAGAUAAAGAAAAAGAAAAUAAUGAAGAAUCUAAGAAAACUAGAAACACUGCACCUGAUUUUAAACACAACCUUAAAGAGCUCAUAAGCGAGUCUAAAGACGAUUCUACAGCAACUGAAGAUGCAAGUAUAACAGAGGCUGACAAAGAAGAUCAGGAUUUUAAGCUAGAUUUUAUCACAAAGAACCAGGAAAGAUCAGGAGAUGCAAUGCGUAGAAAAUUUUUGUCCAGACUUACCCAAGAAAAAGUUUGGUUGACACCUUCAGAAAAGCCAAAAGCCCACCAAACUUGUAUAAUCUUCGAUUGGGAUGACACCUUAUUAUGCACCACCUUCCUCAAUCCAACCAAUUGAGGAAACUUCGAUCUGCCUUUGAACGUGAAAGUACAGAUGAAGAGACUAGAAAAAGCUUGCAUCAAUAUUCUCGGUGAAUGAAUGAACUAUGGAGAUGUCUAUAUCAUCACAAAUGCAGCAGAAGGAUGGGUGGAAUAUUCUGCCAGAAAAUACCUCCCAAAGUUAGUACCACAUUUAGAGAAGAUCACUAUCAUGAGCGCUAGAGCUAUCUGAGAAGACGAGUACCCAACUGAUAUUAAUCAAUGGAAAAUGACUGCCUUCUUAAAAACUCAGGAGAAAAUGGAGAAAGGAGCAAUAACAAACUUAGUGGCUCUUGGAGAUUCCCAAUUCGAAAUGGAUGCAGUUAAAAACCUUGGCACUAAGUUCUCAAGAGCUUUAAUAAAGACCGUAAAAUUUAGAGAAGCACCUACUCCUGAUGAAUUAGUCAAGCAGAUAAACUUAGUCCUGAUGAAACUCGACCAAAUCUGAACCUCAGCCAAGAAUCUGACAAUCAGACUUGAAAGGAAGGAGAGCUAAAGCUCUUGGUUUAUAUACAAGUUUAAAAGUCAUGUACUUUUAUCAAUAAUUC